AUGGAGAAGGUCAACACCACGGCCCGGCUGGCCACCCUUAGGUCGUUGAUGAAGGAGACGGGUGUUGAUAUCUAUGUUGUACCUUCCGAAGACAGCCAUGCCUCCGAAUACACUGCCCCGUGUGACAACCGGCGGCCCUUCAUCUCGGGUUUCACUGGCUCCGCCGGCACCGCAGUAGUCACCCUUGACAAAGCCGCUCUUGCAACCGACGGCCGGUAUUUCAACCAGGCUACUCAGCAGCUCGACGACAACUGGCACCUGCUCAAGACCGGGUUGCAGGACGUCCCGACUUGGCAGGAGUGGGCCGCCGACGAGUCUGCUGGUGGCAAGACGGUGGGCAUUGACCCAGCGCUAGUCUCGAGCUCAGUUGCCGAGAAGCUAGACGAGAGCAUCAAGAAGAAAGGCGGUGCCGGCCUGAAGGCUGUCAGUGAGAAUCUGGUGGAUGCCGUCUGGGGGCAGGCCCAACCCGCUCGCUCUAGCAAUACUGUGAAGCUGCUGCACCAGAAGUAUGCAGGCAAGAAUACGGCCACAAAGCUUACGGAGCUGCGCAAGGAGUUGGAGAAGAAGAAGGCUGCCGCUUUCGUGGUGUCUCUGCUGGACGAGGUUGCUUGGCUGUUCAACCUACGUGGCAGUGAUAUCACCUACAACCCGGUCUUCUUCUCGUACGCCGUGGUGACCCAAGAUUCGGCGACGCUGUAUGUGGAUGAUGCUAAGCUCGAUGAGGAUUGCCGGAGCUAUCUGGAGGAGAACAACGUGUCGGUCAAGCCGUACAAAGCGCUCUUCGACGAUGCCAAGGCGCUGGCCAGUGAUGCCGUAGCCAACGAGACCUCAGAGAAACAAAAGAAGUACCUCAUCUCUAAUAAAGCUUCGUGGGCACUCAAGCUGGUUCUCGGCGGCGACAAAUAUGUGGACGAGGUUAGGAGCCCCGUCGGCGACGCUAAGGCUAUCAAGAACGAAGUCGAGCUUGAAGGCAUGAGGAAGUGUCACAUCCGGGAUGGCGCGGCCCUCAUCAAGUUCUUAGCCUGGUUGGAAGACCAGCUUGUCAACAAGAAGGCAGUACUCGACGAGGUGGCGGCUGCGGAUCGUCUAGAGCAGUUCCGGGCGGAGCAAAAGAACUAUGUUGGGCUUUCGUUUGAUACUAUUUCGUCGACCGGGGCAAAUGCCGCUAUCAUUCAUUACAAGCCGGAACCAGGGGCCUGCGCCACCAUCGACCCAGAGGGCAUUUACCUUGUGGACUCAGGGGCUCAGUUCCUGGACGGCACUACCGAUGUCACCCGUACCGUCCAUUUUGGCACACCCACAGAAGAGCAAAAGAAGGCCUACACACUGGUGCUUAAGGGCAACAUUGCUCUCGACACGGCCGUGUUUCCCAAGGGCACCACUGGCUUUGCCAUUGACUGCUUGGCUCGGCAGUACCUCUGGAAACAAGGUCUAGACUACCGCCACGGUACCGGCCAUGGCGUGGGUUCGUACCUCAACGUGCACGAAGGCCCCAUCGGCAUUGGCACGCGUAAGCAGUACGCCGACGUGGCGUUGGCGGCCGGAAACGUCCUAUCCAUCGAGCCAGGAUAUUAUGAGGACGGGAACUACGGUAUCCGCAUCGAGAACCUAGUGAUGGUCCGCGAGGUCAAAACCGAACAUUCUUUUGGCGACAAACCAUUCCUGGGGUUUGAGCACAUCACGGUUGCGCCGUACUGCCGCAAGCUGAUCGAUGAGAGUUUGUUAACGGAGGAGGAGAAGCAGUGGUUGAAUGAGAGCCAUCAGGAGGUUCGUGAGCGGAUGGAAGGGCGGCUAGGGGGCGACGAGGUUGCGCAGCGGUGGCUGGAGAGGGAGACGCAGCUUUUCUAA